GAAAAGGAACAGCAAAAGUAGACUUUUUGAAGAAGAUUGAGAAAGAAAUUCAGCAGAAAUGGGAUACUGAGAAAGUGUUUGAGGUCAAUGCAUCUGAUUUAGAGAAGCCAGCUUGCAAGGGCAAGUACUUUGUAACCUUCCCGUAUCCGUAUAUGAAUGGGCGCCUUCAUUUGGGACACACAUUUUCUUUGUCCAAAUGUGAGUUUGCAGUAGGGUACCAGAGGUUGAAAGGAAAAAGUUGUCUGUUUCCCUUUGGUUUACACUGCACUGGAAUGCCUAUUAAGGCAUGUGCUGAUAAGUUGAAAAGAGAAAUAGAGGUUUAUGGUUGCCCUCCUGAUUUUCCAGAUGAAGAAGAGGAAGAGGAAGAAAUCACUGUUAAAACAGAAGAUUUAAUAAUUAAGGAUAAAGCUAAAGGGAAAAAGAGUAAAGCAGCUGCUAAAACUGGAUCUUCUAAAUACCAGUGGGGCAUCAUGAAAUGCCUUGGUCUGUCCGAUGACGAGAUAGUCAGGUUUUCUGAAGCAGAACACUGGCUUGAUUAUUUCCCGCCACUCGCUGUUCAGGAUCUGAAGAGAAUGGGCGUGAAGGUAUGCCCACCACCCUCAUGGUUAAGGUAUACCAUUUAUUCCCCAAAAGAUGGACAGCCUUGUAUGGAUCAUGACAGACAAACUGGAGAGGGUGUUGGACCUCAGGAAUAUACUUUAGUCAAGUUGAAAGUUCUUGAGCCAUACCCAUCCAAAUUAAGUGGCUUGAAGGGGAAAAAUAUCUUCUUGGUAGCUGCGACUCUCAGACCUGAGACCAUGUUUGGACAGACAAACUGUUGGGUUCGGCCUGAUAUGAAGUACAUUGGCUUUGAGACAGUGAAUGGUGAUAUAUUCAUCUGUUCCCAAAGAGCAGCCAGGAACAUGUCAUACCAGGGCUUUACCAGAGACAAUGGAGUGGUGCCUGUUGUUAAGGAACUAAUGGGGGAGGAAAUUCUUGGUGCAUCACUUUCUGCACCUUUAACAUCUUACCAGACGAUCUAUGUUCUCCCAAUGCUCACCAUUAAGGAGGAUAAAGGCACUGGUGUGGUCACGAGCGUUCCUUCUGACUCCCCUGAUGACCUUGCCGCUCUCAGAGACCUGAAGAAAAAGCAGGCCUUACGAGCAAAGUAUGGAAUUAGAGAUGACAUGGUCUUGCCAUAUGAGCCAGUGCCAGUCAUCGAAAUCCCAGGUUUUGGAAAUCUUUCUGCUGUAACUAUUUGUGAUGAGUUGAAAGUUCAGAGCCAGAAUGACCGAGAAAAACUUGCAGAAGCAAAGGAGAAAUUAUAUCUAAAGGGGUUUUAUGAUGGUGUAAGUGAUAAUUUUUUAUUAUUUUUACUUUAUUUACUCCAUGCUCUGCCAGGAAUGCGCUUGGCUCUGGCUGACGCUGGUGACACUGUUGAAGAUGCUAACUUUGUGGAAGCCAUGGCAGAUGCAGGUAUUCUCCGCCUGUACACCUGGGUGGAGUGGGUGAAAGAAAUGGUUGCCAACUGGGACAGCCUGAGGAGUGGCCCUGCCAGCACCUUCAAUGAUAGAGUCUUUGCCAGUGAAAUGAAUGCAGGAAUUAUAAAAACAGAUCAAAACUAUGAAAAGAUGAUGUUUAAAGAAGCUUUGAAAACAGGGUUUUUUGAGUUUCAGGCCGCAAAAGAUAAGUACCGUGAAUUGGCCAUAGAAGGGAUGCACAGAGAUCUCGUGUUCCGGUUUAUUGAAGUUCAGACACUUCUCUUGACUCCAUUCUGUCCACAUGUGUGUGAGCACAUCUGGACACUCCUGGGAAAGCCUGACUCAGUUUUGAAUGCUUCAUGGCCUCUGGCGGGUCCUGUGGAUGAAGCCUUGAUCCGUUCCUCACAGUAUCUGAUGGAAGUUGCGCAUGACCUUAGAUUGCGACUCAAGACCUAUCUGAUGCCAGCUAAAGGGAAGAAGACUGACAGGCAACCACCUCAGAGGCCUUCACAUUGCACCAUCUAUGUGGCGAAGAACUAUCCAUCUUGGCAGCACACCACCCUGUCAGUUCUACGUAAUCAUUUUGAGACCAACAGUGGGAAAUUGCCUGAUAACAAAAUCAUUGCCAGUGAACUAGGCAGUUUGCCAGAACUGAAGAAGUACAUGAAGAAAGUGAUGCCGUUUGUUGCCAUGAUCAAGGAAAAUCUGGAGAAGAUGGGACCCCAUGUUCUGGAUUUGCAGUUAGAAUUUGAUGAACAGGCAGUGCUUACGGAGAAUAUAGUCUACCUGACCAAUUCCCUUGAGCUAGAGCAUAUAGAAGUCAAGUUUGCUUCUGAAGCAGAAGAUAAAAUCAGAGAAGACUGCUGUCCUGGGAAACCACUUAAUGUUUUUAGAACAGAACCUGGAGUGUCAGUUUCCCUAGUGAAUCCCCAGCCAUCCAAUGGCCACUUCUCGACCAAAAUUGAAAUCAGGCAAGGAGAUAACCGUGAUUCUAUAGUCAGGCGUUUGAUGAAAAUGGACCGAGGAAUCAAAGGACUCUUGAAGCCCUUGGUGCACCCUCUAUGGACGUUUCCUGAGAGACUCAUGUGUAGUGUGUGUGAGACCCUGUGCACGUACUAGGGGCUUUGGGGCGCCACGGAGGAUCGUUCGUCAGGAGGCUGCACCUAGUGGGGGAGCAGGGGACUGAGCUGGCCAGGUGUGUUGUCACGGUCUAGGGGAGCUGCUGAGUGUGGUAAGAGAGCAAUCAGUGGCAGCACAGAAAAGGGGGGAUUGUUUCCAGCUAA